AUGCCACGCGAAAUCAUCACUAUUCAGGCUGGGCAAUGCGGCAACCAAAUUGGACAAGAAUUCUGGGCUCAACUGUGUGCUGAGCAUGGGAUUAGUCGCGAUGGAACCUUGGAAGAUUUCGCUUCAGAAACAGGAGACCGAAAAGAUGUAUUCUUUUACCAAGCUGACGACGAGCAUUACAUCCCACGAGCCAUUCUCCUAGAUCUGGAACCCAGAGUUAUCACAACUAUUACUACAUCGGCAUAUGCCAACCUUUAUAAUCCCGAAAACAUUUUUCUCUCCAAAGAUGGGGGCGGAGCAGGAAACAAUUGGUCCCUUGGUUAUGGAGCAGGAGAGCGUGAGUCCGAGGAGAUUUUAGAAAAACUGGACAGGGAAGCAGACGGGAGUGAUUCACUAGAGGGAUUUAUGCUACUGCAUUCGAUUGCAGGUGGAACAGGAUCUGGAUUGGGCUCAUACUUGCUCGAAAGACUGAAUGAUCGAUACCCAAAGAAGUUGAUCCAGACUUACUCUGUUUUCCCUAACAACGAAGAAAUGUCUGAUGUCGUGGUACAACCUUACAACAGCAUGCUUAGCUUAAAGCGCUUAACACAAAAUGCUGACUGUGUAGUUGUACUCGAUAAUGCUGCGUUGACGAGGAUUGCGUGUGACCGAUUGCAUAUUGCCAAUCCAACGUUUGCCCAGACGAACCAGCUGGUUUCAACAGUGAUGUCAGCUAGUACAACCACAUUGCGGUAUCCAGGGUACAUGAACAAUGAUCUUGUGGGCAUGAUUGCAUCUUUGAUCCCAACACCGAAGUGUCAUUUCCUUCAAACAUCCUAUACACCCUUCACGAGCGAUGGAAUCGACCAAACUAAAUCUGUCCGAAAGACAACAGUCCUUGAUGUGAUGAGGCGUCUAUUGCAACCCAAGAACAGGAUGGUUUCUACAACACCUUCUAAAAAAAGUUGCUAUGUCUCCAUUUUAAAUAUUAUUCAAGGAGAAGCUGAUCCAACCGAUGUCCACAAAUCACUAUUACGAAUAAGAGAAAGGCGAUUGGCCUCGUUUAUUCCUUGGGGUCCUGCAAGUAUUCAAGUAGCACUAACUAAGAAAUCGCCAUACGUACAAACUCCUCAUCGUGUGAGCGGUCUCAUGUUGGCAAAUCAUACGAGUAUCGCAUCCCUUUUUCAAAGGACAUGCGACCAAUUUGACAAGUUAAGGAAACGAAAUGCAUUCUUGGAGCCAUAUCGUCAAGGAUCUUUGUUCAGAGAUGGGUUAGAGGAGUUUGAUGACUCCAGGGAGGUGGUUCAGGAUCUGAUCAAUGAGUACGAGGCGUGCGAGAAUCCAGACUAUGUGAAUUAUGGACAAUAA